CAGGCGCGGCCAUAUCUGUAGCGGAGGAGGAGAUAUAGCCUUUCCCUAAACAAAUUGGCCUCCGCUCAUAGAAAUUCUCGUCCUUUGCUGCCAAACCCCCUCCCGCCCGUGAGGAGCGUCUCAGGCAGUGGAUGUCACGUGGGCGGGAGUCACGCGCAGUUACAAUUCGUGAACGAGAGGAGGAGUCAGAGUUUAUCCGCUAGUGACCAGCAGGGGGCGCCGGAACCAGGAAGUGUCGCGCUGAGGCCCAUGGACCGGGCACAGUCCGGUGUGAGGGAGUGAGUCCCGCCUGAGUCUGACGGAGGAGCUGGACACAGACAUGGCGGCGAGUAAAGUGCCGGUCCCGCUGCCCACGGUGCUGAUGUCUGUACGGGCCUGGCUGGGGGUCCCGGGGAGGGAGGCGGUGCAGUUACAGCUCGUCCUGGGACCGGACAGUGUGCGCGACUUCCGCCUCUUGGUGCGGGGCCUGACGGGAACGGUUGUGACAGACUUCAAGCUGAGUGACGUCUCGUAUGAGCAGAAGAGCAGCAAGUGCCACGAGUUACUGGUCCCCGGGCUCCCAGGCAGCUCCAUAGACUUCUCCUUUGAUGAAGAGCGAGAAGCCCUGAAAUGGUGGACUGUGCUGAGCAGCUCUCUGAGAGAGACACGCAAAGAUCUGCCCAUUCAGGGAAAUGGAGGCAGCAAACCUCCUGUACUCGAUAAGCCAGCGACACCAGGGAACAUGAAUGACUAUAAAUGCCUUUCAGCCGAAGCACCAGAGGUGCCCCUGGAUUUAUGCACAAAAGAAGAUUUAGGCCUUCAUCUGAGCAGAGCCAUAGAGUGUGGGGACCAGGAGUCGGCCUCCAAGUUUGCAGUGGCGCUGGCGAAGCAGAAGGUUCCCCUUCAGAUCCAGUUAAAGCAAUCCUGUUACCCGAAAACUGAAAUCUGUAUGAAGGUGGGGGUAGAAGACGCAUCGGAUUCAGUGAACAUCUCCACGUAUGUCCAGCCCCACACUACCAUCUCUUUGCUCAAACAACAGAUAUUCCGGGAGCAUCAGUUCCACCCGAGUAUUCAGCGCUGGAUCAUUGGCCAGUGUCUGUGCUCAGAUGACAGGACAGUCGCUUCCUAUGGAAUAAAAAGAGACGGGGACACGGCCUUUCUCUAUCUGUUAACCGCCAAACAGGCGAAACUCGGGGCGCAGGAUCCAUAUCUGAGCGUAAACCCACCUCAGACUCCCGACUCUGCAGUUUAUAAGCAAAGAUCCAAUACUCUUCCCCCACGGCCAGCGCCCAAGCCCAAUACCGGUCAGAGGACGGAGCGCACGGGAAGGGUGAAUCUAGUGGACGUGGCCAAUAAACUGUACUUGGAACUGGAAUCACUGAAUCUGUCUGCAGCUCCUCCUCCUCCUCCUGCUCAGGCUGGCUGGUCCUGUUCCGUCUGUACCUUCAUCAAUAAGCCGACGAGGCCGGGCUGUGAGAUGUGCAGUUCCAACCGACCUUCCACGUAUGUCGUCCCUGAGGAAUAUAAACCCGACGAGAAGGAGCGGAGGCGACUGAAGAUGGAGCAGGACAGUUUGCAGCAAUAUAAAAAGGCUUUGGAGGAGGAGAGAUCCCUGAACUUCCAGCACCUGCUGCAACUGGACAACGAGGUUCUGAUCCCAAACCAGGAGCCCAUUGACUGUCGGAUUUGCUUCUCCGAAGUCCCAGUGGGGGGCGGUGUUCUGCUGAGAGAAUGUCUGCACAGCUUCUGCAGGGAAUGUUUGCGGCAACUAGUGAACUGCUGUGAGGAGCCGGAGGUUUCGUGCCCAUUCAGGGAUGAGACGUUCGGGUGUAACAGUAAACUGCAGCAGCGGGAGAUCCGGGCGUUGGUGUCGCAGGAGGAGUACAGUCGCUUCCUGGAGCGGGGGCUAGUGGUGGCAGAGAGUCGUAGCCAAAACAGUUACCAUUGCCGCACGGCUGACUGCAGGGGCUGGUGCAUCUAUGAAGAUUCUGUCAAUGAAUUCACCUGCCCCAUCUGCUACGCCCACAACUGCCUCAUCUGCAAGGCCAUACAUGAUGGAAUGAAUUGCCGGGAGUACCAGGAUGAUUUACGUACCCGAGCCCAGAACGAUGCGGCCGCCAGGCAGACCAAUGACAUGCUAAAGACGCUGGUUCAGACGGGGGAGGCGAUGUAUUGUCCCGUGUGUCAGAUUAUUGUACAGAAGAAAGACGGAUGUGACUGGAUCCGCUGCACCAUGUGUCACACUGAGAUCUGCUGGGUGACUAAGGGCCCGCGCUGGGGGCCACAGGGCCCCGGAGACACGCUGGGAGGCUGCCAGUGUAAUGUAAAUGGGAAAAAGUGUGACCCCCGGUGUCAGAAUUGUCACUGAAUCCAAAAAGGGGGGCUUUCUACCCAACCCAUACGGCUGGAAUGUUACAUCUCUAUGGAAGAUCCCCAGCUCCACCUCAACAUGACUUUAUUUCCCAUGGAAUUUAUCUGUUUGUCCUGCAAUUACUCCCAUCACGGGGUACAGGGACCAUUGGCCGUGCCAUUUCCCAAUACACAGAGACCCCCGGGCCAUUCCUGGACCCCCUCGGAUGCAGAUUUGGGAUAUUUGGGAUGUUGGACUGGAGAAUGAAAUAGAGAAUUAAGUAUUUGUCGCUCACAAUCUGUUUCCUGCGACACUAACGUGAUUUCUGCCUGAUUUUGACUCUAAUCAAUAAUAUUAAUAAUUGCGCUUUUUAUUUGUAAGAAUUGGGGAACAUUAUUAUUUAUGGGUUACCUUGGGGGUGGGGUUAGUGAGAUCCAAUUCACCCCCCCCUGUGGUGCCACAUUUACUUCUCCUUUAAUGCAGAGAAUGUGGCAGUUUAAUCUAUGCAGAGCGAUACACAAAGCUGCUGCCAAUUGUAUUGUCCCUCAUUAAAGGGACAGCGUUGAUAUGUAACACUCCCAGAUAUAGAGAAACCUGCAGUUAUUGGCAGCAGCGGAUAUUAUUAACUUCUGUACAAACUGGAAUUCAGUCUCAGGGUGAAAUAUCACAAAGGACAAGUCGUCAUAUGGCCAUAUUUUCGGUGGCGUAAUUAUGGGCGGCUCCUUCAGCAAAGAAUUGAGCUUUGCAGAUGGUCGUAUUUGUUUGCUUUCGGUUUUUCCUCUUUAUAAUGUUCAAACUCUCAGGCUGCUCCCUGCUCUCUAAUGCUACUAGUGUGGGGUCCUUCACAGUGACCAACAUGGAGUCUACAGUCCACUGGCGAGCGGGCAGCACCGGGCAUAGAGCAGGGCAAUAACUUGCAAGAACUGGCACUUGGCUUUUGUAAGGGGAUCACUAGCAAAGAGCCAUCACUAAGGUUAUAUCAGGGGAAUCACGAGCAGGCAGCACUAGUGUUAUAUCAGGGGAAUCAUGAGUAGGCAGUACUAGGAUUAUAGUAGGGGAAUCACGAGCAGGCAGCACUAGUGUUAUAUCAGGGGAAUCACGAGCAGGCAGCACUAGUGUUAUAUCAGGGGAAUCACGAGCAGGCAGCACUAGGAUUAUAGUAGGGGAAUCACGAGCAGGCAGCACUAGUGUUAUAUCAGGGGAAUCACGAGCAGGCAGCACUAGGAUUAUAGUAGGGGAAUCACGAGCAGGCAGCACUAGUGUUAUAUCAGGGGAAUCACAAGCAGGCAGCACUAGGAUUAUAGUAGGGGAAUCACGAGCAGGCAGCACUAGUGUUAUAUCAGGGGAAUCAUGAGUAGGCAGUACUAGGAUUAUAGUAGGGGAAUCACGAGCAGGCAGCACUAGUGUUAUAUCAGGGGAAUCACGAGCAGGCAGCACUAGUGUUAUAUCAGGGGAAUCACGAGCAGGCAGCACUAGGAUUAUAGUAGGGGAAUCAUGGGCAGGCAGUACUAAGGUUAUAUCAGGGGAAUAACGAACAGGCAGCACUAGGAUUAAAGUAAGGGAAUCAGAAACAGGCAGUACUAGGGUUAUAGAAGGGGACUCACUUGCUGGCAAGCAGCACUUGGCUGGGGAAUCAUUCAUAAGAAGUCAGUCCCAUGUUUAUAUCCGAGAAAUCACUUGUGAGAAGGCAGCACAGUGUUAAUAGCAGUAUUACCAUUUGCACCCAUGCAGCACUAGUCAUCUAGUAGGGAAUCACUUGUGAGCAGGCAGCACUAGAUUUACAACAGGGAAUCACUUGUGAGCAGGCAGCACUAGAUUUAUAGUGGAGAAGUCAAUUAGCAGUUGUGAGCAGGAAAGAGGGAAAAAAUGAAGGAAAACAAAUUGGCCGGUGCAACUGAUGAGCUCUAUGUCAAGCAGAUUAUUUUCCUGUUUAGAUCACACAAUACACAUUUUGUGUGUGUGUCAUGGCUGCUUGCACUUGUCCAAUAGGAAUGCGCCACAUCAUCACACGCCUGCUGGACUCACAAGAUGUCACUUUGCUUGCUUUGUGUGUGACAAUAAAAUGCACUAUUCUGA